AUGCUGUUGUGGGAAUACCUGUACUGGGCGGACAUAACGAUUCCGGUAGACCCGAUCAACUGGGAGCUCAGCCGCGAGGAAAGGAGACGGCAGAUGGACGAAACCAUGUUGAAGGUGCUGCAGGGCGUCCACGACAAGGCCGCGUGGCAGCGAAGAACAGCUCUUGGUUUCUUCCAAGCGGCGGCCCCAACUGUCAGUGCCAGUCGUCUGAUGUCGGUCGGAAGUACUUCCGCCGAGGAUGCUGGACGAAGCCAAGACCGUCGUGCAGGCCAAGAAGAUCCAAGGAGGCUCGGGGCGAGGGAGCGCGUACGUGAGAUGCAGAGGCAUGUGUCCACAAGUGGCAGCAGCCUUGUGCGUGGCAGUUUCGAAGGUUGUAGAAAGCUUUGA